AUGUGCGCCGUCUUAGGCGUUGCUUGUGGGGGCUACCAGAAGUCACUCUUUUUCGGCGAGAAGGGCUCCAGAACUGGUGGUGGUGGUGAGGAGGUGCGUUUCAGGCGGACUGUCCUCACUGAAGCCGAACGGGUGAGCAUGAGCCGAAGCCUGACCGCAAGCAUUCCUCCAAGCUCGGCCUUUAAAUGGAUCCUGCAGCUAGAAGACGAGUGCCAAAAUAUUUCUAACUCCCAGGAAAUUGCCAUCACUCGAGGUCCUUUUGGGGUAUUUCGAUCUGUGCAGCGCUCGCUUCCGCCGGUCGACAGUCCACCUUUGAUCCCAGCCGAAGAAGCUACCAGCGUCCCAUCUCAGCUUGAGUCGCAGAACACUGAUUAUUUCGAAAUUCCGCCUAAUGAUGAUGGGCACAACUCCACAUACGAUACAGAGCUUGUGGGUGCAUUUCUAGACGAGCCGCAGCCAGCCUCAGACUUGCAAGUUACUGAGCUUUGGACCAACCUCGCAAGCAAUGACGAUAUUCAAAGGUUCCCUGACGAAAGCCACGUCCCAGAAGUUGAAGAACUAGUUUCCGGUCACCUCCCAUUAUUCUUCCAGCAUUACUCACACCCACAAUCCUCUUCCUCCGGGGAUUCUCUUCUCUCGGUUUCUGCAGUCAACUCUCUUAUUUCUGUGCUUGGGGCCCAGAAUUCCGCACCUCCCGAUGCCACAUUUUUGCUAAAACAUUACUCUGCCAAUGUUCUCGGCUUCUACUCGCCGUUCCGUGACGCCAAGACACCGUGGCAUAUUCUUGUUGUCCCUCAGGCCAAAAACUGCCUGGCUUCUCUUUCGAUUGGCGAGUGUCCAGACCAUGCAAGCCUUUGUACAUUUUACGGAGUCCUGGCAAUAAGCGCCCUGAGCUUGAGCAAUAUCAUGGGCUCUCUAACCUGGAUGAAGAAUCAAGCCAAGCUGUACAGGCAGCGAGCCCGAACCCACUGCCAACAAAUGAUGUCUUCUGCGUAUGAGGUGCCCAAAACUGCCAAAUACAAAUCCAUUCUGAUGGCUCUUGUGACAAUGAUUCAACUGGAGCUGGCGACUUCAAAUCGAGACCAGUGCGAAUGCUACUUUCUUGAGGCUGAGAAGUUCAUUCGUCUGAGGGGCCUCAACCGGAGAAAGUCCCGCAAGGUCCGCCUGCUGCAUCAUUGCUAUGCUUAUGAGCGAAUAAUUUGGGAAACAACAACUAUAUGUGACCCCAAUUCAGCCCAUCGUCUUCACGUCCGGACUGUAGUCGAGACGAGUGGUCUAGUUACACAUUGCCAGGAUAGCCCAACAUUUCGUCUUCCAAAGUGGAAGGAUCUAGAGCAAGAGAUAUUCACAGUAAGGAGCUUAGAGGAAGCAGAGAAUGAUCUACUAUCGGAGCAGCUUGGUAUAAUCGUCGCAACCUUGUAUCCCGAAAUUUUCGGAGUCCCUGAGCCGUUCGUCCUAAUUAUGUCCCUCAUUGUUCGACUCGGAAGAGAGAAAGAUGCGGCAGAAGCACAGAGCACUUCAGAUCCGCUUGGCCUGGCAGACUUUUUGCGUUGGGCAAAGCUCAUCGAAAAGGGUAUUACAGAUCUAAACAAUCUGGAUCCGGCUGUACGAAACGUUGGAAUGCGCCAUCGUGUCGUUGACCAGCAUCAACUAAAUCGUGUAUUAACCGCCCUCCGGAAUGCGAUUGAGAUUUAUUUUUAUCGAAGGAUCUACGAACACGAGGCUCCCAGGCUCCAACAGAAGAUCGAGCUCAUUCGUGAUGCAUUGUUUCGAGACGGGACCGAAAGCUCUAGUAGCCCCUUCGGCUCGGCGCAAUUGAUAUGGUCCGCAUUUAUUGCAGGUUGCGAAGUGGAAGAUUUGCAGAUGCAGGCAUCAUUUUCAAUGUGGUUCGAAGAGUCGGCGCGGAAGAGUGGUCUAGAUUUCUUCAGUGACGCGGUGCAGAAACUACACAGGGUUUGGAAGAUAAAGCAGAGUUCAAAUGGGCAAAAACUUAAGUGGAUGGAUUUGAUGAAGCGAGCAGAUGGUUAA